UAUUCACGGGCCGGCCAUGGCCAUCGAGCCGCUCCAAAAAAGGUCAUAAAAGCUAAAAGUCUUCCAUCACGCCACCAUCAUAAUGUCUGAACCCUUUUGCCGCUACCAUUCAAUUCCAUUCAACUUCCCCACCUCCUCUUCUUCUUCCCUCUUCCUUCUUACACACUCCACCAGUACAACCGGGUAAAAAGCUCAAGUGGUGGUAAGCGGUAGCAGUAGUUAGCUCUAAGCCUACAGAUAUACCACGCCCAAGAAGACCCUGGUUGUCGUGAGCUCUGUCUCUCUCUCUCUCUCUCUCUUCCUUCUCUCGUCUCACAGAAUGGAGCCAUGUCAGGCAACCGCAGAGGCCGUCGCUUCUCCGAAACCUGCCACCAAGCGGAACCUGCUCAGCUCGCUUAUGGAGGCUGCUGCCGGUCUGCAACGCUCUUCUUCCUUCAAGGAGGACUCCUACCUCGCCUCCAGCCUCAAGCCCGCCGAGAAGAAGGCCCUGCAGGAGCUCAAGCAGCUGCUCUCCACCUCCCCGAAACCCAUCUCCAUGUGGGGCGUCCCGAUCGCCCCUGCCGCUGCCGACGAGCGGGCGGACGUGGUGCUCCUCAAGUUCCUGCGGGCCCGCGACUUCGACGUGGGGGAGGCGCACGCCAUGCUGCUGCGGUGCGCGGAGUGGCGGCGGGAGUUCGGCGCGGACGGGGUGGCGGAGGAGGAGAUGGUGGGGCUUAAGGAGGUGGAGGGCGUGGUGGCGUACAUGCAUGGCUGGGACCGGCGGGGCCACCCCGUGUGCUACAACGCCUAUGGCGUCUUCAAGGACGCCGCGGUGUACGAGCGCGUGCUGGGCGACGCCGACAAGCUGCAGCGCUUCCUCCGGUGGCGCGUCCAGGUGAUGGAGCGCGGCGUCCGCCUGCUCCACCUCCGCCCCGGCGGCGUCAACUCCAUCAUCCAGGUCACCGACCUCAAGGACAUGCCCAAACGCGAGCUCCGCGCUGCCUCCAACCACAUCCUCUCCCUCUUCCAGGACAACUACCCCGAGAUGGUCGCCAGAAAGGUGUUUAUCAACGUCCCCUGGUACUUCAGCGUGCUGUACGCGAUGAUAAGCCCGUUUCUGACGGAGAGGACGAAGAGCAAGUUCGUGAUCGCCCGAGAAGGCAAUGUGGCGGAGACGCUCCACAAGUUCAUAAGGCCGGAGUUCGUGCCGGUGCAGUACGGGGGGCUGAGCCGGCCGGGGGACCUGCAGAACGGUCCGCCCAAGCCGGCCACCGAGUUCGCCAUCAAGGGCGGAGAACAAGUAAACCUCGAAAUCGACGGCAUCGAGGGAGGAGCAACCAUAGCAUGGGACGUCGCCGUCGGGGGGUGGGACGUGGACUACGGCGCGGAGUUCGUGCCGAGCGACGAGGGGAGUUAUACGGUCGUCGUGCAGAAGACGAGGAGGAUUCCGGCGGGCGCCGAGGAGGCGGUCCACGACGCAUUCACCACCAAGGAAGCAGGGAAAAUGGUGCUGUCCAUCGACAACACCAACUCCCGGAGAAGAAAGGUGGCCGCCUACAGAUACUGCGUCCGCAAGCCACCGAUGUAGUUGCAGUUACUCGAGUUCCUCUUCCGCCUACUGCGUCAGCUUGCUUUGAUUUCGGUCGUUUCCGGUAGUGUACGCAUGAGUUGGCUUCAAUCUCUCGACGUGUAUCAUAAGGAAAUGGAGCCUCUUUUGCCCAUAUAUCUUACGCAGCAUGGAAUGAAUAUUAAACACCUUUGUCUGUC